UGACAGCAGAUAAGAAGAAGAAGAAGAAAGAACCUUUGCUUCAAAGCGGCAAAGCUUUACUCGCCCCCGCCAUUCUCUCUCUCUCUUCUCAAACCCACCGAUGUGAAAAACAAGUUUCCGAUUAACUCAAACCACCUUCACCGACAUGGCUCCGUCUUCUCGGAACUUCUUCUCCUUCCUCGUCUUCUCUCUCUUCUCCCUCGUUUCUUCGGACGACCUCCAAGUCUUACUCAAACUCAAAUCAUCACUCUCCCAUUCGAAUCCCUCCCUCUUCGAUUCCUGGACGUCUGGUACCGGUCCGUGCAGCUUCCCCGGAGUAACCUGUAACUCUAUCGGCAACGUCACGGAGAUUGAUCUCUCCCGUCGAAGCUUAUCUGGAAACUUCCCCUUCGAUUCCGUCUGCGAGAUUCGGAGUCUCCAGAAACUCUCACUCGGUUUCAAUUCCCUCUCUGGAACAGUCCCCAGCGAUUUGAAAAACUGCACGAGCCUCGAGUAUUUGGAUCUCGGCAACAAUUUGUUUUCCGGUGCUUUCCCUGACUUCUCCUCUCUGAAUCAGUUACAGUUUCUCUACCUAAACAACAGCGCGUUUUCCGGCAUGUUUCCGUGGGCUUCCCUCCGAAACGCGACGAGUCUCGUCGUUUUGAGCCUCGGAGACAAUCCCUUCGAUAAGACGGCUGGGUUCCCGGUGGAGGUUGUUUCUCUGAAGAAUCUCUCGUGGCUGUACUUGACCAACUGCAGCAUCGCCGGGAAGAUCCCACCGGCGAUCGGGGAUUUGACGGAGCUAAGGAAUUUGGAGAUUUCCGAUAGUGAGUUAACAGGUGAGAUUCCGGCGGAGAUCGUCAAGCUUACUAAUCUCCGGCAGCUAGAGCUUUACAACAACUCAUUGACCGGAAAGCUUCCUACCGGAUUCGGAAACUUGAAGAACCUCACUUACUUGGACGCUUCGACCAAUCUUCUACAAGGCGAUUUAUCGGAGCUCAGGUCUUUGACUAAUCUCGUUUCUCUUCAAUUGUUCGAAAACGAAUUCUCCGGUGAGAUUCCGCCGGAGUUUGGCGAAUUCAAGGAUCUCGUGAAUCUGUCUCUGUAUACGAACAAGUUAACCGGUUCAUUACCUCAAGGACUCGGUUCGCUUGCUGAUUUCGAUUUCAUCGACGCGUCUGAGAAUCAGCUAACCGGACCGAUCCCUCCGGAUAUGUGCAAGAACGGGAAGAUGAAAGCUCUGCUUCUUCUGCAAAACAAUCUCACUGGCUCCAUCCCUGACUCGUACGCUAACUGUUUGACUCUGCAACGGUUUAGAGUUAGCGACAACUCUCUCAACGGAACUGUUCCCGCGGGACUUUGGGGCUUACCGAAGCUCGAGAUCAUCGACAUAGCCAUGAACAACUUCGAAGGUCCGAUCACCGCCGAUAUAAAGAACGGUAAAAUGCUUGGAGCGUUGUAUCUAGGGUUCAACAAGUUGUCUGAUGAGCUGCCUGAGGAGAUUGGUGACACGGUAUCUCUGACCAAGGUUGAGCUUAACGAUAAUAUGUUCUCAGGGAAGAUUCCAAGCUCAAUUGGGAAACUGAAGGGACUUAGCAGUCUGAAGAUGCAGAGCAAUGGCUUCUCCGGUGAGAUACCCGACUCUAUCGGGUCCUGUUUGAUGCUCAGCGAUGUAAACAUGGCUCAAAACUCGCUAUCCGGAGAAAUCCCGCACACACUUGGAUCUCUUCCCACGCUCAACGCUUUAAAUCUUUCAGACAAUAAGCUCUCCGGGCUCAUCCCAGAGAGUUUGUCUUCUCUAAGGCUUAGCCUUCUUGAUCUGUCUAACAACAAGUUAUCCGGUCGUAUCCCUCAGAGUUUGUCAUCAUAUAAAGGUAGCUUCAACGGCAAUCCUGGACUCUGCAGCAUGACGAUCAAAUCUUUUAACCGGUGCAUAAAUCCUUCAAGAUCGCAUGGAGACACUCGCGUUUUCGUUCUGUGUAUAGUUUUCGGCUUACUGAUCUUGCUUGCGUCCCUUGUGUUUUUCUUGUACCUUAAGAAAAGCGAGAAGAAGGAAGGUCGAUCGCUUAAACACGAAUCUUGGAGUAUAAAGUCAUUCCGAAGGAUGAGUUUCACGGAAGAUGAUAUCAUCGAUUCGAUCAAAGAAGAGAAUUUGAUCGGUAGAGGAGGUUGUGGCGAUGUGUACAGAGUAGUACUUGGUGAUGGUAAAGAAGUUGCGGUCAAACACAUUCGGUGUAGUAGUACUCAGAAAAAUUUCAGCAGUGCUAUGCCGAUCCUCACUGAACGGGAAGGACGAUCGAAAGAGUUUGAAACAGAGGUGCAAACGCUGAGCUCUAUAAGGCACUUAAACGUAGUAAAACUCUAUUGUAGCAUCACGAGUGAUGACUCAAGCUUGCUGGUGUACGAGUACUUGCCUAAUGGAAGUUUAUGGGACAUGCUUCACUCGUGCAAGAAAUCAAAUCUUGGUUGGGAAACACGGUAUGAUAUUGCUCUAGGUGCAGCGAAAGGGCUUGAGUACUUGCAUCAUGGGUACGAGAGACCAGUGAUUCACCGUGACGUUAAGUCAAGUAACAUAUUGCUAGAUGAGUUCUUGAAACCUAGGAUAGCUGAUUUCGGUCUUGCCAAGAUUCUUCAGGCCAGCAAUGGUGGUCCAGAUUCCACCCAUGUGGUUGCAGGAACCUAUGGCUACAUAGCUCCAGAGUAUGGAUACGCUUCAAAAGUGACUGAGAAAUGCGAUGUGUAUAGCUUCGGGGUGGUGUUGAUGGAGCUGGUCACAGGGAAAAAACCGAUAGAGGCAGAGUUUGGAGAGAGCAAAGACAUAGUGAAUUGGGUGAGCAACAACCUGAAGAGCAAAGAGAGUGUGAUGGAGAUUGUGGACAAGAAGAUAGGAGAAAUGUAUAGAGAAGACGCGAUCAAGAUGCUGAGGAUUGCUAUCCUCUGUACCGCGAGACUACCUGGACUAAGACCGACGAUGAGGAGCCUGGUUCAGAUGAUCGAGGAUGCUGAACCGUGCAGGUUAAUGGGGAUUGUGAUAAGCAAAGAGAGUGAUAUCAAGAUCAAAGAAAUAAGUUGAUGAUUGAGGGACCAAAUCUCUCUGUUUUGGUAACACUAUGAAACUUAGAGAGAAAGGACUAAUGUGGAUCAUCAAAUUUAUUUACGACGUAAGAGAGUUUAGAUGGAGAAUGUGAUUCCAAUACUCCUCCUGGUUAAAGAAAUCAUAUAGGUAAUGUAAUGAUCUGAUGUAAACUAUUUCUUGUAAUUGUAGAAUUUUGGUAUAAGGGUUUCGAAUAAGUUAAUGAAUGGUCAGUCAACUACUGUGUGAAA